GCUCGAACUCAAAGCGUCGCGAUGUUUCAAACACAAAAGUUCCGAUACCCAAAAAACUGACGGUCGAAUUCGUGUAAUAGUUCCAAAAAUUUAGCGAAUCUUGUUGUUUUUAAAAUGUGCUAACGUUGAAAAGCUGCUAGAAAACAGUUAAUAAAAAUGAGUAAUCCGAAGAUGGGGUCCAUCGUGUUGAAGUCGUUAUCGAUUUUGUUAGGUUUGUUUUUCAUUUUUGUGGGAUUUAUUAAAAUAUCUAGUGUACUUUCUAAAGACUUACAUAAAGAUUUGAGAAAAGAAUAUGUCAAAUAUGCAAAGGUAUUUCCGCUAUCUGAGAUGCUAGAUUUCAAAAUUCCUUCAAAAUGGUACCGAAGAACAGUUGGAGGGCUAGAAAUGAUCUGUGGUAGUGCAAUGGCAUUUUGGCCAAAUCAUAAGAUAAAAAACCUUUCCAACAUAGUCCUCCUAAUUCUAACGCUGAUGGCCGUAUAUUCACAUUAUAUGGUAGCAGAUAAACUAGAAAGGACAGCCCCGGCGUUAGUUUUCCUUUUCAUGUUGAGUGGAAGACUUGUGGUAUUCUUCCAACUUCAGAAACGAGAACAAGAACAACGUGAACCAAUAGCUAAUGGAUUCAAACAGGAAUAAAUUUGUUAAUGUGAUGUAACAGUAGAUCCCUGUUUAUAUGUGUCAAGUAAAUAGCUAUAACAAACAAUUUUGACUGUUCGGACGAAAUUACUAAGUCUGUACUAAAAUUAAAUAUGUACAGUGUAUUAAGUUAACGUUUAACGUUAUUAUGACAAAACUACAAACUUUUUGUAUUUUUCUGUUUUAAAACAUAUUUGCAUGCUUAAAACAUGUCAUCAUUUACCGUCAAGUUACCGUCGGAAAACUGCACAAUUGAGAAAUAUACAUAUGUACCUGAUAUGUGAACACAUUUUUAUGUUUUAUUUUGUGUUAAUUCGUUGAUAAAUUUUAGUACACCUACAGUUUAUGAUGUUUAUGAUGUUGAAUUCACAAUAUUUAGAUUUAUUGAGGAUAAACCACAAUUGAACAUAUUUUUAUAUUUGAUGAUUCGAUUCCCACUUCAGAAAUCGUUAUAAAAAUACAAAUAAAACAAAUUAUUUGGGUUUGUUUCUUCCAUAUAGAACAAAAUGUAGAAUAUUCUUCCAUAAAGUAUUUUUAGGUACCUUUAAAAUAUUUGAACAUAAAUUGAAAAUGGUAAGUGGUUAAAAAUAAUUUGAGAAGUUUCAAACGACACAUUGUAUAUUAUAUAUAGAAUCGGAUCUAACACUUAAAGAAAUAUGCAACGAAAUCAUUCACAAUGUGAAAAAAACUAAAUACAAAACUAAUUUCUACACAUUGUAUGUCGAAUAUUGCAGAAUAAGGCCACCAGAAGAUACAGUGAAAGAAACGAAAAUAAAGUAGAUGAAAACAAAUACUAAAAAUUGGGACAAUGAAUAUCACAUGCUUAACAGGAAAACAAAACAAUUAAUGGAAAAAAUGGCAAGUUACAAUAUUAACAGUUUAGUUACAUGUGAAACAAAAAUCGCCAAAAAGAACUAUGAAGAUUGAGCAUUAUCAUCUCUACUACUUAGGCAUACAAGCCAAGAAAAGAGCGAAAGAAUCGAAAAAAGAAUUAGGAAUAGUUGUAGCUAACAGGCAACAGAAAACUGUAAUAAAAUUCUACUAAUUGAAUUACAACUUUAAAUAAUAAUUAUUAUCCAAAUCUGGCCCAAAUGAAGGAACUGUAGAUGCUGUUAUACAAAUAGAGUAAGAAAAAAAAGCGAAUACGUGAUGAGAGAUGGAAAUUCACGAAUAUGUUGAAAUAAAAUCAAGGGACAUACUGUACAUAUGUACAGGAAUCUACAGUCAAAAUCAAAAUAACAGAUAUGGACAUAAUAUAUUAUAAAUAUGUUUGAAUGUUUCUUUAUAAGUGAUUUGUUAGUGGACAGCACCUUCUAGAAAAAAGAAUAAAGCAAGCGAAACAAAUAAGAAAGCAAGCAAAUAAGGAAUGUUUGAAAGAAUUUAGAAAUGAUAUAAUAAAUCAGAUAUACAGGGUGUCACCUCUAAAGGGACGGAAGAUUACAGCGAAAUGGUAAAAGAUUUGAAAUUUUUUUAAAUUAUUAGUGUGUAAGUUGAUAAAAUCUACAUUUUAAAAUUAUUUUGAAAUAUACAGGGUGUCCCAAUAAAUGACGUCGUAUCAAAGCUAUAUUUUUUCUUAUGGAACACCCUAUAUUUUAUUACAUUUUUUAAUUGUCCGCAAAAAAUAAGGUAUAGUUUCAUAAGGCUUCCCUAUACCUGUGUACAGAGUGUUCUGAGUUAUGGUGACUUUUCUUAAAAUGUAAAGUUUUAAAAGAAGGCUAAUUCUUAAGGUAUUUAAGAAAUUAGGAAAAAAAUACUUUUACAUCUAAAUAGUUGUAUAUUGGUUGAAUGUAUUCCAUAAUUAAUUAUUACACAAUUAUAUACAGGGUGUUCAAAAUUUACAGUUUCAUUAUUGGAUUAUUCAUCCUAGGUCUAAUAGUUUUUGCGUAAUUUACAAUUAUUUAAAUUCUUAAUCUGUAAAUCGAGUUUAAAACAAAAGAUGCAUCUCAUUGUAUGACAUCGUCAUUUUAUGACAGUACGGUCUGGUAAUUAUCAAAAAUAUAAACAUCCGUGUAUGAAAUUCAAAUUUAAUUGUUCCUAAAAAUGAAUAAUCUACGAAAAAGUAGACAUGGUACUUACUUUGCAUUGGGGAGUGUUUGCAAAAUUGUAUCUUACCUUCUUAAGUUUACGCUCAAAAGUAUCCUGAUAGAAGACACCCAAAAAGGACGUUUUUGAGAGAUUUCAAUGGAUUCCGUACUACUGGUAAUGUUGCAUACGGAAAGUUAAAUAAAAAUAAACCAGUUAUUUGUGAUGACGUCAAGGAGCUUGAUGUUCUGCUUUCUGUUACGGAAAACCCAAAUACUAGUAAAGAAAAAAUUUCGGGUGAAUUGUAAAUCAGUCAAACGACUGUUAGAAUACUUAAAAGAAACCAUUAUUAUCCGUAUAAAACUCAACUACACCAGUAUUAGACCCAACAGGAUUAUGAUAAAUAUUUAACUUAUCGUUUAUGGACUUUAGACUUUAUAGAAGAUCCUGAUUUUUUUAAUGUAUUGUAUACAGACCAAUAUACCUACUUUUCAUAAUAAUGGUCUAGUAAAUAGACAUAAUUUUCAUUUCAUUAUGAUACAGUAAACAAACAUUUAUUUCGUACUGUUUAAAAAUCGAGAGUGACUAUAAAUAUUAUUUUUAAGAUCAAUUUACCGUUUAAAACAAUUGUAAAUUACGCAAAAACUAUGACUCUUAGUUAUAGAACAUCCCUAUACCAUUCGAAAGAUGAACCUGCGCUUAGUACAAUAAUUAAUUAAUAUACAUGGUGUUUUAUUUAAAAUAAGCAUCCUGACACAUUAAAUAAUCCAAUAAUGAAACCGUAAAUUUUGAACACCCUGUAAAUAAAUGUGUAAUAAUCAAUCACGGAAUACAUUAAUUAUAAAAUAAAAACCAGACCAUACUGUCAUCAGGUGACAAUGUCAUACAAUGCCAUUAAUUAACUACAUCUUUUGUUUUAAAAUCGAUUUCAUCAUCAUCAUCAUCAUCAACCCGUACGCGUCCACUGCUGGACAUAGGUCUCCCUCAGCUCUGUCCAUUCAUCUCUAUUUUGUGCGGCUUGCAUCCAGUUACCGAUAACAUGUUUCAAUCAUCGGCCCAUCUGGUUAGUGGGCGUUCUCUGCUCCGUAGUGCUUCUUCUCGCGGCUCCACUCGAUUUACAGAUUAAGAAUUUAAAUAAUUGUAAAUUACGCAAAAACUGUGAGACCUAGGUAUAGGACAUCCAUAUACCAUUCGAAAGAGGUAAAAUUGUUUAGUAUAUUUAUUGAUUAAUAUACAUGGUGUUCCAUUUAAAAUAAGAAUCAUAUGACACAUUAAAUAAUCUAAUAAUGAAACGGUAAAUUUUGAACACCCAUUAAAUAAAUGUGUAAUAAUUAAUCAUGAAAUACAUUCAACUAAUAUCCAAAUACUUAAAUAUAAAAGUAAUUUUUUUAUAAUUUCUUAAAUAACUUGAGAAUAAGCCUUCUUUUAAAACUACAUUUUAAGAAAAGUCAACAUAACUCAGAACACUCCGUACAUAGGUAUAGGGAAGCCUUAUGAAACUAUACCUUAUCUUCUGCGGACAAUUAAAAAUGCAAUAAAAUAUAGGGUGUUCCAUAAGAAAAAAUAUAACUUUGAUACGUCGCCAUUUAUUGGGACACCCUGUAUAUUUCAAAAUAAUUUUAAAAUGUAGAUUUUGUGAAAUUACAAACUACUAAUUUAAAAUUUUUUUCAAAUCUUUUACCAUUUCGCUGUAAUCUUUCGUCCCGUUAGUGGUGACUCACCCUGUAUAACAAAAAUACUAGAACAUUCUGGAAAACGAUCAGAUUAAACGGAACAUUAGUAAAUAAGUAUAAAAAAUUCUAGACGAAACAAAUAUUAAGUUUAAAAUGAAGAUAUAUGUAGUUGACGUGUGGUAAAAGGAUCACUUAAACUAAUUUAAGAAA